GUCCAAACUAUUUCUAACUUUAGUUUAUCAAACUUUCAGAUUCUCACUUAUAAACCUUAAGGGAGACGAUACAGCUGAUUUAACAUUUUAAAUGUCUGUGUUAGUAUCUCCACAUUUUAGUUUCAAACUGUUUUUGUUUAACAGGAGGCGCAUCCUCUUUGUUAAUCUUUCUUAACUCUUGUACAUGUACUGUAGCACUUGUCGCACCCUGACAGGAACUGAGAAGUGAGCACCCACACAGGAAAUGUGGUCAAGGUCUGUCCCGGAUGUUGGUUGCAUGACGUGAAUAGAAUAAUUAAGAUAGACAGAGAAGUAUAGAAAUAAAAAGCAUGACAGAGAGGGAAAGAUAUGUAGAUGAAGGUGAGAUCAAAUCAAAGAUUAAAGUAGGAAGAAGAGAACAAGAUAUGAGGUUUGACAUUUUAACUGUUAUCAACUGUACAAACACAGAUGAUAAUUUGUUGUUAAAGUUCUAUCGCUGUUGCAUGCAGUUCAAAUUUGGACCUUUCACGGUUUUAUCCUUUGCCCAGAGUCACUGUGCAGCGUGGUGAUAAAAUGAUAAACACAGGACGCAGGCAGUUAAACUGCUCACCAGAAACAGCCCCUCAACCCCACCCUCUGCCUAUUUCUUAAUCCACACCAUACACCUCUGUCUCUUUUUCUCUCUAUCUAUCUUGCUCACUUGCUCGGCUGAUUUUCUGUCUGUGGUCAGGAAGUACAAGUGUGACAUUUCACUAAAGGUCUAUUGCACUGCACUCCUGCAGUGCCGCACCAAGAAGUUAAAAACAGUUGACAAAUGAGCAUUGCAUGCUAAAAAAACCUUCUCCAGAUUGGAUUUGACGUACAAGUGAUCUGUGAAUGGCUCCAGUGGAGGUUGUAACAUGCUGCAGGAUUUCACAUUCAUGGUGGGAUCAUACAGAAUGAUCAUCAUUCAUACGGCACAGGAGGACAUUUUGUAGCGAGACAUUUACCACUACAGCAUCUUUUACCAAAACCCACAAACGCCCCAACAACGGAACUGACAGAGAUUCAUGCUGCUAAUGGAGGAGGAAAACUUGUGCACCUCUUUGCCAGAUGUUAUAGAUUCAGUCCUUCAGCAGCCUCAACAAGACUCAUGGACCUCUUACAUCACUGGAGAGCAGGAGGGCAUUGAACUGGGCGACACAGAGCUACAGAUAAACCAGGAACACGGGACAGAUCAACUCAAUCCCUCCCCAAAGGCAGGACGAGAGACUCCUGAGGAGGCAGAACAAUGGGAGCAGAUACUAUGGCCGGUGUGCCCCAUGACCUGUACAAGUCCUCAGCUUUCCUUUGCCACAGUGCAGUGGGACAUGCCCGAUCCCUCUGCAGAGACACUUUCACUCAUGACUGACAGCAGCUCGGCCAGUGAGGCGGACUCUGGCGCCGUGACGAGUCUAGACACCACUUCCCCGUCACUUCACCAAUCUCGAGACAUUAAUGCUGAGCUUUACAAGAGAGAGGGCAAAGGGGAAGAAGAUGGGUUUGAUUCAUGGCUUCUGAACUCCAAUUUAGAGUGGACAGGAACCAGCUCAGAGCCAUGUGAUGCUGCAGAAGUGCAAGAGCCGCCGACACAGGAAAGGGAAGAUCCAACACAUGAGCUGUUAGACUGUAAUAACGAAAUCGCACCGAGGACGGACUCAGAAGAAGAGGAGGGACUCUUAGGAAACUCAGAUCCAGAAACUGCAGACUUAAUCGAUAUUCUUAAAGAGAAUGAAGUCUCAGAAGAUGAAGCGGACAGUUUUGUAGAUCUAAAACUAGAAGAGGAACAGGAGGAGCCCAGCGUUCUGCUGACUGGACAGGGAGAAUCAGAGGAAGAGCGAACUUCUGCAAAUGGUGUUGAGAAAGAGGAGGUGGGCGAGGGAGAAGAGGAGCAGAUAAAAGUGUCCUGCGCUGAAGAGAGUGAAGAGGCAAAAGCUGUCAGUCGUCUGAGUGAUGUGGAGCUUCCUGCAGAGCCAGUACAAGCUGAUGAUACUGGACCAACCAUAAACCCAGAUAAGCUAAUUAAUCUGCAGCAGUCAGAGCUUUUGGAGGAAAGGCGGCACUCAGGGACUGGAGAGGACGUAGAGAUAGUAGAACGGUUACAUGAAGAUCCCACAUUUCAGACUGAAGAGCCAGAAAUGUGUGAAGAUGUAGAUCAGAACGUGGACCCUGAACAGUCAGAGGCUGCGGACGACAGCGAAGAACCGUUGAUACAGGCGGCAGAUAAUGCAGAGAGAAUAGAAAACUUACCAGAGAUAGUAGAGCUGACUGAAAAAACAAGUUGUUUUGAGCGACGAGAUAGUGACCAAACGACUUCACAGGACGUAGAGGACGUAGAGGACGUAGACGUACAGCCUGAGCACGCCGAGUCUGAGCAGCUUGUGAUGGCCGAAGAGCCAGAGCAGAUCCAAGCAGAGGUGACACAAGACUCUGAGCAGUCAGGACUGUUGCAACAUCUGGAACAGUCACCAGAGAUGGAACUGACAGAAGAGUCAACCCAACCUGAAAAUGCAGACCUGCCAGAGGACUCCACUCAGUCGGAGCAGACAAUUUGUGUUGAAGCUGAAGACCCCGGAGUGGCAGGGCAGCAAGAACAGACGGAGCCAUCCGAGCAAAAUGAGCAGACGCCGCCAACGUCCAACUUGUCUCAGCCAACGCUCUCUGAGCAGCUUGUGCAGCCAGAGACAGACGAGUCAGAAAUUACAGAGCAUCUGUCUCCCGAGACCGAGGUCACUCAGCAGACAGCAGAGGCCGAGUUCAAUCAGGUGGACAAACAAGCUGAGACGUCACAUCAGGGUGAAGAAGUAGGAGGUGCUGAGGAUAGAUCCGGGCAAACAGUUGUUGUAAAUGGAGAGCAAACCAAAGCCCCUGAGACUGCAGUGCCUCCUAUUAAUGGAGAAGAGGUGAACAGAGAGAUGGCCUGCCGCCUUGCUGAACAGCUGUUUAAGUUGGAUGGGAUCCAACGUGUGGACGUGGUGAAGCACUUAGACAAAGAUAAUGACUUCAGUCGUGCUGUCGGGGAGGAAUACCUCAAACUCUUUGACUUCACUGGGGAAAGUCUCGAUCAUGCCCUGAGAUCUUUUUUGAAAGUGGUGGUACUGAUAGGAGAGACCCAGGAGAGAGAGCGAGUGCUGCAGCAUUUCGCCUGCCGCUUCCAUCAGUGCAACCCUGACUGCUUUACCUCUUCAGAGCCUGUGUUGGCUCUCACAUGUGCUUUGAUGCUUCUCAACACUGACUUGCAUGGACAGAAUGUAGGAAAAUCCAUGUCCUCGUCUAAAUUUGUGUCCAACCUCAACGGGAUGAAUGAAGAAGAAAACUUCAGCAAGGAUCUCUUAAAGAGUCUUUACAAUUCCAUAAAGAGUGAGCCGCUGGAGUGGGCUGUUGACGAGGAGGAGUUGAAGAACUCUGUGUUGGUGGACGAAGACGCAGGAGAAGAUGCGCCGCUGCGUUCAAGAGCCAACCCCUUCCAGGACGUUCCUCAUGACAAAACGGCCCCUGUGGUCAAACAGGGAUUCCUCCAGAGAAAGCUGCAUGCUGACAUUGACGGCAAACGCACUCCGUGGGGGAAGAGAGGCUGGAAGACUUUCUACGGAGUGCUGAGGGGAAUGGUCCUUUACUUACAGAAGGAUGAUUACAGGAGGGAUCAGCCAACUAACGAGGAGGUGGUGAGUGUGCACCACUCUCUGGCCGAGCAGGCAGCCGACUACACCAAGAAGCCACACGUCUUCCGUUUGCAGACGGCUGACUGGAGGGUUUUCCUCUUUCAGGCCUCAUCCAAAGUGGAGAUGUAUUCAUGGAUCAGCCGCAUCAACCUGGUUUCGGCUCUUCACUCCUCGCCUCCGUUCCCCGCUGCCGUCGGCUCUCAGAGGAGGUUCUUCAGACCGAUCCUCCCUUGCUCACAGUCUGCUCAAACUCUGGAACGCCAGCUGCAGUCUCAUGCAGGAAUGCUGGAGUCCUUUGAGGCAGACUUGUCUUACCUGCAGCAAAACCUGCCAGAGGGCAAAAAAGCCAAAGCCAAGGAGCUGGAGGAGUAUCGCGUCAAAGCGGAGUACCUGCACCACGAGAUGUGUCGCUAUAAGAUCUACAUCCAGGGGCUGGAGGCCUGGAAGAGCGUGAGGAAGACAGGUAGGUUGAGCAUCGCAGACCUCAACCUGUUUGAUAAAGCAGUGUGUACAGACUCUGUGGGGAACGAAGAGGAGGAUGAAGGCGGGCUGAAAAAGUCCCACUCCAGCCCUUCUUUGGACCUGGAGAUGGCUCCUUCGACGGUGAUCAAAGUCAGACGCAACAUUUCAGAAAGACGGACUUAUCGCAGGACCAUCAUUCCUCGGUGGGUUAAAGAGGCCUGAAAGGUGUUUUGUGACCAGUUAAAAAUGCGGAUUUAUAAAUUUCUGCUGCGAGCUGACAGGUCUUCAGUCUUUUAGUUUGUGGGAGCACUGAACAGUGGAGCAGAGAAACAGCAGAGCCAUAUCUGAGGCGGUCUUUCUGCAUUUUUAUCUUGUGCACUUUUACAAAAAUAAAACUCAGGGAAUCCCAAACCCUCAAUGCCUCUCAGGAUAGAAUGCGGGAACCUGAUUUGUUGAGUGACUCAAAAUGUCUGGACCUAAUUUAUUUAGUUUUGUUGUGUUAACUUUUGUCUGUAGUGGUACUCCAAAUGGUACAAAUUUGCUUUCAUAUGUUAGUUUUACUUACAAAAAUGUAAACCACUAGAGGGUGCUGUAGUACAACACAACUCUGAGUGAAAGGAGGGGGACAGAAUGUGCCGUUUUUUUAAGAAUCCUAAUUGCACAUUUAUUUUAGUUUUUAAUAUUGUGUAUAAUAUGUUGAUGCCAUUGUUGCAUAUUGUUUUCAAAUGAAGGGGUUAUUUCUAAAAUGUUAGUUGUUUUUUUUUCUCUCUUUUGGGAAAAAUAAAAUGUUACUUUUAUCCAUCAUU